AUGUACAGCAGAGCUUACAUCUUGCUAAAAAGAGAAUUCCAAGAGUUGAAGAACAACAAUUAUGAGGGUAUUACUGCCUUUCCUAUAAGUGAAGAUAUGAUGCAAUGGGAUGUUGACAUUGAAGGUCUACAGAAUACCAUUUGGCAUGGAGCAUUCUUCCAACUGAGAAUAAAUUUUACAUCAGAGUAUAAUUUUGUCCCUCCAGUUGUGAAAUUCAGAACAAUUCCUUUUCAUCCAAAUGUAGACCCACAUUCUGGCAAGCCCUGUAUAGAUUUUUUGGACAGCCCUCGUAAAUGGAAUAGAAGCUAUACAUUGAGCAGCAUCUUACUUACCCUCCAGGUUAUGCUUUCUAAUCCAGUGCUAGAAAAUCCAGUGAAUUUGGAAGCAGCCCAUAUACUGAUGAAAGAUGAAACUCUGUACAGACUAAUAAUUCUACGACUUUUCCACCGGCCGUUACCAUCAAAAGAUGAUGGUUCUGAGUCACCAAAAGAGCAAGAUAAACUUAACAGAUCAAUUAAAUCAGUCUCAUUUAGUGAUUACUACAAGACAUGGUCUGGAAUAGCCACAUCAAAAGCCACAGAAUAUUACAGAACUCCAUUUCUUAAAGAUCCGAAUUUCAUUAAACAGUAUUAUAAUUGGAGGAAAGAUGAUCUAAGACAUACUAAAGAAUGGAGUUUAAGGUAUAUUGCUGCCAUAUCUCGGAUUGCUAGAGAAAAUAUAAAGCCUCAGAAAGCCAAUUAUCAAACUGAAAGAAGUUAUGUCUGCAUACCUCCGAUUCAGACUUCUCCUGAUUCACAAACUGAAACAGAUAUUGUCACAAAGAAGGACAAUAAAAAGGAGUGGUGGAAGAGAAAGCCGGGUGAAGUUAGCGUAAAGGAGCCAUGGGAAGAUGAAGUGGAUGAUCUGGUUGCCUGGACCAACUCCCUUGAUAUAGAUGCUUUGGAAGAUUAA